ACCUAUUUACACAACAAACAACACAAAUCUUUUUCUCAUUCAUCAAAAAAAAAACCAAAACAAAACUCAAACGUUUUUGACGAAGAUGAUGAUGAAGAAGAUGUUUGUUCAGAUCGCUGUGGUUUGCCUAUUGGCGACGAUCGCCGUUGUGUCCGCUCAUGAAGGUCACCACCACCAUGCUCCGGCUCCAGCACCAGGACCCGCAUCUAGCUCAGCCGUUGUUUCGGCCACCAAUAUGUUCACCGUCUUGGCUAUUGCCGCCGUGGCUCUCGUCGUUGGUUCCAACCAUUAAGUUGGUUAUUACAUUCGUCUUUUUGUUUCAGUUUCUAUGAAUUGUUCUCUUGACUUUUAAUAUUUUUUUGAAAAUUUCUCAUUUGUUUUAUAACUCUCUCCAUGUUGAUCUGAUUUCUUGAAUAAAAUAAAAGUUUAUUGAACGUUUGUUA